AUGGUAAUGAGUGUAGAUCAUGAUCAAAAUUCCGGUUCCAUGGGGGAAAGUCAAUUAUGGGGUGAUCUCACAAAUUUAGAUAACAUUGGUGGGAGUAGCAAAAGAAACUUAGAUAUGAAUUCAUUGAAUCGGAACGAAGUAAUUAAUGAAGGAGGAGUAGUGCUUGUGAAUGGAAAACCAAGUCGAGGUGGGCUUGUUGAUAAGUCAACCAUUGUGGAUGCAAAAGUGAAAGAAAUAAAAAAUUUACAACAGAUUCUUCAAAAUCUAGAAAAAAAGAAGAAAGACAAGCUUAGAUCUAUGUCCCCAUUUGUGAGUGAGUCUUCAUUUGUGAUGAACUCCCAAUUGAAUUCAUAUGAAUCAACGAAAACUAUCAUAAUUGAUCAGGGGUCCUAUAGUUAUAAUAAUAAAUUUCCGAUUAGUGUAAAUGAAACUUCAAAUACGUUAUCGCUUUAUGCACCUCCACCGAAACAAGGGGUCUUGACAAAAAUUGCUUUUGUGUUGGAGAAACAUAUGAUUGACAUUGUAUCUAUCAAUAUUAUGCGCAAUGGAAAUGGAAAUGUGUACAUGAUUCUAGUUCAUGCAAGCAAAGGUUCAUAUGACACAAAUUCAAUGGAGAAAACUUACAAGCAAGCGGCUGGAGAAAUUUUGAUGUUGAUAUCUUAA